AUUUCAUACUUAAUUUUAAUAUUACAACCACUGAUUACCAUUGUUUUCAAAUAAUCUUACUUACCCGUCCAAAAUUAAACACCGGCUCUGCGAAAUUUAGUGAAGUGAUGAUAAUAACUUUACCUGAACAGGUCGGGUGCUAUCCAGGGUUCAUUAUCUGUAGCCUAUAGCCAGUCGCCACAUUGCUCCAACGCGUCUCUUCAACGGCAGGCUUCUUACAGAUUGAUCCCUCCUCACUGUAAACUGUCCUUUUAUUUUUUAGGGGUGAUUUGCCGUAAAUUGGAAUGGCGACGACAAUUGUUCUGAAAGGCUUAUCUAUAUCUAGCUACUCGCUUCCCCUCCUCCGCAGUUGGAAGACUAGGCCACCCGCCCCGUCACAUCCAAUGACUAGAAGCCUAAAAGCGCUCUUUUUGCCUUAUAAUCGUAUCAUUCUCAGAGGUUGUCCAUCGUUUUGUGUGUCUCCCAACGUUAACGCAGAGGCCACAGCUCAACCGGAGAGGGAGACCGAUAAUAAUGAACCCACGGACAACAUAAAGUAUGCAGCCAACCUGCUCGACAUAAGGGUUGGCCGAAUCAUCAAGGCCUGGAGGCAUGAGGAGGCCGAUUCUCUUUAUGUGGAAGAGGUGGACGUAGGCGAGCCUCAGCCCAGAAUCAUCUGCAGCGGCCUUGUUAACUACAUUCCUCUCAACCUCCUUCAGGAUACAAAAGUAGUUGUUCUUGCUAAUCUGAAGCCAAGGAACAUGCGCGGUGUCAAGUCUUGUGGAAUGCUUAUGGCUGCUUCUGACGCGUCCCAUCAGAAUGUUGAGCUUCUUGUGCCCCCCGCCGCUUCAGUUCCUGGCGACAGAAUAUGGUUUGGCAAUAAACACGAUCAAGAUAACCAGCCUGAUCCUGCCACACCCAGUCAGGUUCAAAAGAAAAAGAUUUGGGAAUUGGUGCAGCCUCAUCUUAAGACAGAUGCUUCUCGUAAUGCAAUGAUUGGGGAGCACUUGAUGCAGACUUCAGCUGGAGUAGUGGUCUGCAAAUCUCUGAAGAAUGCAAAUAUAUCCUGAUUAGAUCCAAUGUCAAGUACAUUUUCUUCCCAUCUGCUUAUUUAACUUAAAUGCAAUGUGAAAAUAUUUUAGUUUUGAAGAUUGAUGUGACAUUUGCUAUUCUUGUAACUUAUCAGUUAAGAUGUUGUCAGUUCGCUCUUUUUUUUCUGUGCCAUUUUCAUGGUUCACUGUGAUGGCUUAUUCUGUUAUUUUCACCAAUGAUUCAAUGAAGUAUUGAGGUUUCCUGUCAUGUGGUUUCAUUUAUCAGCUCAUGCUUGUCCAUAAUUAAAUAGAAUUUAAGGAGAAGGGAAAAAUAGCAAAGCAGACUGUCUGUUUCUGCAGUGGACUGGCAUCAUUUAG